AUGUCUGAGUCUCCACAAUUGAACACUUCUUUAUUAAGAUUGAAAUUAUUGGAUGCUUUAAGAAAUGGAGAUCAUUUAAAAAUUGAUAAUAUUAUUCAAGAAUUAAAUUCAACUAAAACAAAUUUACAGACUCAAGAUUUAAAACAAUUAAAAGGUACGAUUUUACAUUAUGCUGUACAAGUUUCAUCGCUUCAAACUAUUCAAUAUUUAGUUCAAAAUUUAGGAAAUUUUCAUAUUGAUAUUAAUUCACAGAAUUCUCAAGAUUCUCAAGGUAAUACUCCUUUACAUUUAGCUGCACAAUCUUCAAGAAUUGAUGUAGUGAAAUAUUUAUUAUCAUUACCAAAUAUAAAUGAUACUGUAUUAAAUUUAGAUAAAAAACAACCUGUUGAAGUAUGUAAAGAUUUAAAUGUUAUCCAAUUGAUGCAAUUUGAAAGAGCAAAAUUUGUUGAAAAGUCAGCUUGUGAUUUAAGAAAAUAUUUUACUGAAAAGAAUUAUAAUCAAUUGGAAAAUUUAUUAGUUUUAAAUCCAAGAUCUUCUGAAUUAUUAGAUAUAAAUGGUGCUGAUCCAAAAACUGGAAAUACUGUUUUACAUGAAUUUAUAAGAAAAGAUGAUUAUGAAAUGUGUGAUUGGAUUUUAAAACAUGGUGGUGAUCCUUUUAAAAGAGAUAAACGUGGAAAAUUACCAAUUGAUUUAACAAAUUCUGAAAAAUUGAAACAUUUAAUUAAAGUUGCAUCUAAAGAUCAAACUAUAAUGGAUCCAGUUACAUCUACAAACAAUGCAAUUAAAACUGGUAAUACUCCAGUAUAUAAAGGUUAUUUACGUAAAUGGACAAAUUUUGCCAGUGGUUAUAAAUUGAGAUAUUUUGUACUUGAUCAAUUUGGUAUCUUAUCUUAUUACACAAAUCAAGAUGAUAGUAUAAAUUCCUGUAGAGGAUCAUUAAAUUUAGGUUAUGCUACUUUACACUUGGACCUGUCUGAGAAGUUGAAAUUUGAAAUUUUUGGUAAAAAUGGGUUAAAAUGGCAUUUAAAAGCUAAUCAUCCAAUUGAAACCAAUCGCUGGAUUUGGCAAUUACAGAAUGCUAUUACCAUUGCUAAAGAUAACAUUAAAAAAAAGAAUAAAGAUGGUACAAAUUCUGAUUUUGAUGAACCUGCAAUUGUUGAAAAACAUCAUCAUAGAAUUAGAAUUCCAAGACGAAAUAAGAAAAAAAGUGAUUCAGCAACCAGUUCUGAACUUAAUGAAAUAUCAAGAUCCGGUACUGGUUUUACUGGUAUUGGAAACUCAUCAAGAUUUUCAUUUGAUAAUGAUCAAUAUACUACUGAUCUUGAUAAUUGGGAAUAUGAAUCUGAAUCUGAUAAUGAUUCUGAUGAGACAAACGUAAAUUUAGAUAGUAUAAAUGAUGCUAUAUGUACACAAAGGAGAUCUAUUGAAGUAGAAUUAACAAGUUUAAUUGAAUUAUUUAAAUCUACAAAUUUAAGUUCAGAAUAUUGUGAAACUGGUUUAGUUACAUUAAAUUCUAUUUCAGAAUUAUUUUCAAGCUACAAUUCUCAUAUAAAUACAAGAGAUACAAUUUUGAAAAAAAAUUUGGAUAGACAAUUUGAAAUUAACAAGUUGUGGGAAAAAUCUAUACGUCAAUUAGAAAAUGAAAUCAAAGAACGUGAAGCUAAAUUACAACUUUUUCAAGGUCAAAAGAAACAGUUGAAGAAGUAUUUAAAAUCAAAUGGAACCAAUACUCCAAAAGAUGCUUCAAAUUUAGGAGAAGAACCUUCAGAAUCUGAAAUUUUGCAUCUUGAUGAAAAAUUGGAUCAUAUUAAUGAAAAAGAUCAAGUUCCAGUUUUUAUGCCUGGUGGUUUACCUGAUGAGUUGAAUGAAAUUUUAGCUGAGGAUUCAGAAGAUGAAUUUUUUGAUGCUGAUGAAUUUGAAGCUCAAGAACCAGUUGAAGACGAAAUAGUCAAUGAAAAUGCACCAAUUGAACAACAAGAGGUUUCUGAGAAUAACAUUACUGCUAGUGCUGGUAUUACUACUCAAUUACAAGGUAUUCCACAACAAGAAGAAGUUCAACAACCACCUCAACAAGAAGAAGUACAACAACCACCUCAACAAGAAGAAGUACAACAACCACCUCAACAAGAUAGUUCUAAAGAAAUACCUCCUCAAGAAAGUUCUCCACCACAACAAUCACAAGUAAUUCAGGAUAAUGUUCCAGAAACUACAAAAACAGAUGGGUUCAAUGAAGUUCAAAGAAAAGUUAACAACCAAUUACAAGCUGAAGGAUCAUUUCUUGGUUAUGAACAACCUCCUCGUAACAAAUUAUUAAUGGAUGAAGAUAAUAGACCGAAAGUAGGAUUAUGGGGUAUUUUAAAAUCUAUGGUUGGUAAAGAUAUGACAAGAAUGACAUUACCUGUGUCAUUCAAUGAGCCAACAUCUUUAUUACAAAGAUUGGCAGAAGAUAUUGAAUAUAACAAUUUAUUAAACAUUGCAGCAUCGAUUGAUGAUUCAACUUUGAGAUUAAUUUAUGUUGCUACUUUUGCUGCUACUGAAUAUUCAUCAACUAUAAAUCGUAUUGCAAAACCAUUUAAUCCUUUAUUAGGUGAAACUUUUGAAUAUGCUAGACCGGAUCAAAAUUUUAGAUUAUUUGUUGAACAAGUAUCACAUCAUCCACCAAUUAGUGCAUGUAGAGCAGAAUCUCCAAAAUGGGAUUAUUAUGGUGAAAAUGCAGUUGAUUCAAAAUUUUAUGGACGUUCAUUUGAUUUUAAACAUUUAGGUAAAAUGUUUUGUGUAAUAAGACCAGAUAAUGGAGUCGUUGAUAAAGAUGGACAAUCUCAAGUUGAAGAAUUAUAUUCUUGGAAGAAAGUAAAUACUUCAGUUGUUGGUAUUAUGUUGGGUAAUCCUACUGUUGAUAAUUAUGGGAAGAUGGUUGUUGAAAAUCAUACAACUGGAGAUUCUAUUGUUGUAGAUAUGAAACAAAGAGGAUGGAGAGCGUCAAGUGCUUAUCAAUUAAGUGGUCAAGCAUUGGAUAAAAAUGGUAAAGCUAGUUGGGCAAUGGGUGGACAUUGGAACCUGAAAAUAUAUGCAAAGAAAAUUACUGAACAACAUAGUGAUAGAAGAAUGUCGGUAUUAGAUGAAUCCACAAAAACUUCAAAUGAUCCUUUUUCAGGUAAUAAAUUUUUAGUAUGGCAAGUUGCUUCAAGACCAAAAGUUCCAUUUAAUUUAACUCAAUUUGCAAUUACACUUAAUGAUAUAAAUUCAAAUUUGAAACAAUGGAUUGCACCUACAGAUACUAGAUUAAGACCAGAUCAAAGAAACAUGGAAGAAGGUCAUUAUGAUGAAGCAGCUGCUGAAAAACAUAGAGUUGAAGUCAAACAAAGACAAGCAAGAAAAUUUAGAGAAGAAAAUAAACAACCAUAUAAUCCAAGUUGGUUUACUAAAAAGAAACAUCCAAUUACUGGCGAUAUAUUUUGGGAAUAUAAUAACAAAUACUGGAUUGAAAGGAAAAGUAAAAACCUUUCAGGUGAUAUAUUUUAG